AUGGAUGCUUCUAACAGUCGCAGUAGUAUGGGCCACAAGAACAAUGAAAAAAACGAAUCGGACACGUUGAAGCUAAAGAAAAAAAACUGCGUCCUUAUAACCUGCUUUAUUUUUUACAUCUUUUUUUUGUCCACCGUAAAUAGUUUUGAUAAGUAUUUGCACCUAAGAACGUCACGUCUCAUUUUGACCUACUCGAACGUCCUGUACUUGGUAUCUUUUUUUUCGUUAAACAACCAGGUCGAAUUGCUGAUAGGAUUGCAGAAUGGCAUUCUUCCUGUAGACAAUUUUCUGAGGGAGGUUAAGAGAAAACUCCGAAGCAUUGACUUUUUCCUCGUGCACCAUGUGGUCCGCUGUGUGUACCACUUUUGGAAGUUCGUGAUCAAACGGCGGAUAAGGGUGAAGACAUUUUGCAAAGUUGGGGUGUUCCUAUCGAUUGCCAACUUUUUAAUUCAAGACCGUGUCCACAACGAUUUCGUCAGGAUAACUUUUUCUUCUUUUUUUUUUGUGUCCCUAUUCAUACUUCACUUGUGCUUCAAAAUUGGGAUGCGGGAUUUUAUGGUUUUCCAGUGCGAUUUGCUCAUGAACGAAUUGGGAUUUCUCCUAAUAUUUUUAUGCCUGUCUGAUAGCCAUCACUUGAGGCAUUCCAACACGCUGGUGAUAUGCGCCUUACGAUUAGUCGCGUUCAAAAUUUUGUUCGGCUCUGCUGUGCAUAAGCUUGUUAACAACAGCCCCCAGUGGCUGCACCUGGAGGCCUGCCAAAAUUUAUUUUUGUGUCAACCAGCCCCCUCGAUACUUUCACAUAUCGCCAAUUGUACAUUUAACAAAAAGAUUAUUUGUUUCCUGGUCUUAACAUCGGAGCUUUUAUUCUCCUGGCUCAUAUUCUGUUCCUCAAUUUUAAGGCUAAUUUUUUUUAUUCUCUUUGUGACCAUUCACAUAACUUGCUAUAUCAUCUGCAAUUAUAUUUUUUUUUCGUACUUGUGUCUAAUUUUAUUUUUGUCCUGCCUUGACGAUUCGAUUUUAAAUUUGUUGUUCCAUCCGAGGGAGAUCCCCGCCCUGCACCAAAAUGGCGCGCCCAUCAACACCGUGACCUUUUUGCUCGUCGGCUGCGUCAAACUCGUCAUUCUUCUCUUCUACGCCUUAAUCGUCCUUAUAAACCUCGUUCCCUUUGUCGAACAAUGGAACAUUGACGAUUUAAAGUGCUUUCACCUUUGCUACUACCUUUUUUAUGAACUCUGCCCUCUGAACAUUUGCAAUUCGUAUGCCAUGCUAACAUACACACGCACACACAGAGAAGAAAUAAUCAUUGAGAAGCUGCACAAGAUUGGGAAGAGAUACAAAUGGAAGUCCUUUAAUUUUUGUUAUAAGGCAGGCGACUUAAAUGAGAUAGGUCCCAUCCUGUGGUGGGGACACGUGCCCAGGCUGGAGUGGAAGUUUUAUUUUUUAGCUGACCAGAUCAGAAAUGAGAAAUAUGAAAAAAGCAGAUAUCCAGUUUAUGUUUGUUCCUUUUUGAAGAAGCUGUGCAGCCCGGAAGGGCAAUUGGUAUCUCUGUUCGAGGGCGAACAAAUGGGACGAGUGCCUUACUUACUCAGGUUGACAUCUUAUCACUAUAAAAUGUCCAUGGCAGACGAGAAGAAACAAGAACUCAUGACGGACUCCAAUUUAGAAACGGAACCCAAGUGGGAGUUCGGGAAAUACUGGCUACGGAGAAAGGUCGGGGUUAUGAAGACCUUGAGGCACCGGGGAGCGUUAAGCGAUUGA